AGCAUAACAAUGAAAGAAGUGGAUAACGGUGAAGUCAAAUACUUUCAUUGAUCAAAACGACGGCAUCAUAGCUGUAAAGGGUGAACGAAACGACAACGAUUUAGUUUGUUUUUACAAAAGUGAGGGUCAAACGUUCCUUCCCUUCUUUCACUCUGUUUCUGGUUUGAAAUAUUUCUGAUCUAUCUAUAUUGGCUCCAUCAGAAUUAGAAUAAAAUAAAAAGACCUAAACGAAGCAGAUAGAAACCCUAGACCAUAUGGCGCUCGUCAACAAGUUUUUGACUUUCUCCUUCCUUCUCUUCCUCCUCGCUUUCCCUCUCCUCCAAGUUGCUAGGUGUCAGUCAGAGUCCGAUGAGGCGGUGGAGAAUGCUGGUGAAGUGAGUGAUAUCGGCAUUGUUGGUGACGAAACUGAAGAUGUUCAAGACUUUGCUGAUGGGAGCUUCACUUCUGCCCCAGGAAUUGAUACCAUCUGUUUGUUCCCAAAGAAUAGUGCAAAAUUGGUAAAAGGUGGUGAAGAGGCAGAGCUGCUUGUCGGUUUGAAAAAUGACGGGCAGUCGAGUUUGAAUGUUGUUGCUAUUAAGGCUAGCAUUCACCUUCCAUUCGAUCACCAUCUUCUUGUUCAAAACCUUACUGUUCAGGUUUUCAACAAAGGCUCUGUACCAUCCUCAGCUCAGGCGGCUUUUGCAUAUAUAUUUUCUGUUAGCAAGUUCUUGCAGCCUGGACCAUUUGAUCUUGUGGGCACCAUUGUAUAUGAGAUAGACCAACAUCCAUACCAAAACACCUUCUAUAAUGGCACUAUUGAAGUUGUUGAGCCUGGUGUUUUACUCAGCAUGGAAUCUGUUUUUCUGUUUACUCUUGGAAUUGCACUUCUUGUCCUACUUGGGCUAUGGGUUAAUGGUCAAAUACAGAACUUAUCAAAGAAAACAAAAAGAGCUCCCAAGGUUGAAGUUGGUACUAAGACUACAGAUGCUUCGAUGGAUGAAUGGCUUCAGGGAACUGCAUAUACCCAGUCUACGUCAAGCAAAACUAAGAAGAAGUAGACAAAUAACUCUUCUCUAGUUCGCUCUGCCAUGCAAGAACUUACCACGGAGUACAGAAUCCUGUAAUAGACUAGGUUGGAGAGACAACAAGCAAGAAGUUCUAAAAUUUAGGUUGAAAAGACCCGCCUUUGUGUUGUAUGUAGCUUAUGAGAGCAUUUUUACAUUUGUUAUUCCUCGCACUAAGUUAAACUUUAUAUCCAAGAAAAUACUGACAGUGAUCCGGAUUAGUAACGAUAUCAUACAACUUUGAACAGGCAGAGUUUUGUUAGAUGAUGUUAAUUUUAUCUGGAUUUUGAUAAAUUUUCUGAGAUUCCUCAUUGCCAUUAAUUAAUCUCUUAUUUUACA